AUUUGGCAAAAUAACAAAAACUUGCAAACGGUUUACUGUUGAAGGGCAUUCAAAAACUUUCCGACCAGCCUCAACUACGGGGAGACUGGCCUUAAAAAAAAAACUUAUUAAAAACUAAUUUUCACUUUUCAAGACCAAAGCAAGCAACGAUUACGAUAUGUCGGGGUUCUCUCGCACCUUUCGGCUUCUCAAUGCCUCCUUGAGACAGCAGAUUAUUUCAAAAGCAGGCAUUACCGCCAAACCUGCAAAAGACGUUAUCACCCCGGCUCAACAAGCAUUCGCCAUGGGUACGAUGUUCGUGACCAUCUUGCUUCCCGCGGGCUGGGUCCUGUCUCACCUGGAGGAUUACAAACGCAGACCCUGAUCAAGAAACCAAGCUGAAGAUCGAGGCCGUUAGCAACCCACAGCGACCGUGUCUCAGCAUUUCCCAAACUGAAAGCAAGUCCACCGAGACGUGAAUGUAUCUGCUUUCUCAAUACUCUUUUAUCAUUAAAAUGUAACCAAACUUA